AUUAUAUUUUAUUAUUUGUAGUUGAAAGUAUUCAAUAUUUUGUAAAAUGUAUUUAACGAUUAAUUGUAUCAAUUUUAUCAGUUCUUUCUAUACAUGGUAUCUCCUUAUUGAAUUAUUAAUUAAUGCGUAGCGUCUAUUAAGUCAGUAAAAUCGAUAUUACAUACAAAAGUUGCAUCAAACAAUUACACUAAGUUGAAAAUUAAAUGAUCUCUCGAGAGUCAUCGAUACUGGAUCGUGUAUCAGAUUUAAUUAGCGACUAAAUUUGAGCGGAAAGGUCAACGCAGAAGCUUCACCCGAUUCGAGUGUAUACCUUACCAAAAGAAUCCCUCUACGUAUAGUUUUGCAUGCUUUCAGAAGAAGAGAGAGCCUAGGUGACACAGUUGCCAAGACGACAAUCAAAUCACAACAAAACAUUUCUCCAGUUGCUCCCAAGUUUUGAGUAAGAACUAAAGGAACAGGAGCCAAAGUUUGGUACAUGAUGAGGGAAAAUACUAAGUUCAUUGUAAUUGAGGUGAACAAGCUGCUGGGACGUAGUUACAGUGUCAUUUAUUUCAAUUCCUUAAGCUCAGAGGAAUUGGUUCAAGUAAGAAUUUAACUGCUCAGAGGUCAUACUGAUUGACUCCAUAAAUUGAAGGUCACAGGAAAAACAUGUAUUAAGUCUACCUGUGUUAAAAUCAAUAGUAAUUUCUAUGCUACUUGAUGGCUAGAAGGUAGUGUUUUAGUGUACAUGAGCGAUUGUGGAACUUACAGAAAGUUGAUAGAGUUGAUCAAGUUGACUUCAAUUGAUAGUUCAAUUUGUUAUUUGAUUUUGUAUUGAAAGAAGUAUUGAUUAAAAUACAGGAUCAGAAUGUUGAUGCCAGUGAUACAAAGAAUGAAACUCCUGAAGAGAUCUCCAUCUAUAUUCUGUCUAUUCUCCGUAUUCUUCAUUAUCAGCCUCAAACAGACCCUGUGACCUUUAGGCAAGAAUUUUUAUAUUUCAUUUGGACAAAGUUCUUUAAUCCUACUGUUCUCUUUGCUACUUCAAGUAUCUCCUUUUAAAAUUUCAAACUACUUUCUACUACUGUAUUCUGAAACCAAAUCUUUAAAUAUUUUAUAUAUAUUUUAAUAGAAUUUUUUGAACUAGUAUUAGAGUAGAACGAUUUGAAUUAGAGUUACUGGUAUUUAUUGAAUUAGAAUUUUCAUUUUGGGAAAGUGUAGAUCCAAGGAGAAUAGCAGGGUUAAGAUUUAAUGUAGCUAAUAUUAAAAGACUAUCUAGGCUGUGAAUAUUUAUGCAAGUUCAUAUUUUUGGCUGAUCACAGAUUGAUCAUUUUUUAUAUGAAUAUAAUUCAUAGAAUUGGGACGUGGAUAGAGAAUUAUUGUGCUCAUUAAAUAUUAUAAUAGAUACUAUACUUUGAAUAUUUUCUAUUUUCUUGCACACUAUAUACAGCUCAUUGUUAUUUACUUUUGCACCUUUAGAUUUCCCAUAAAUGUAUAAAAAUUCACAGUCUCACUCUUUAUCAUUUUGUCUUAGGAAUUUUUUUCUAAAAAACUACUUAAGUACUUCUAUUUAUGGUGAUUUCUUAUAUGUAUAUAGGCAGGGCUUGAUUCGCGGAGAUCCUGAUACCAUACACCCCAUCCUGACCUGGCUUCUGUCUCAUAUAAACAUAGUUCGAAAGAGAGCUUACUUAUCACGUUUCCUAGUGAAGUUAGAGGUUCCUGCUGAGUAUUUAGGCGAUCCAGAAGUCUCCGCUUUGUACGAGCAAUACACAAGUUUGAUCGAUAGAUUCAAAGCAGCGCACAAGGAAAGGGAGAUCGGGAGGAAGAAUUUUGAAAAUGCUAGCGAGCUCACUGCUGAUUUAAAAACGAUGGAGAAGGAGAAAGAAGCGGUAACUAUACGUAUAGAGAAGAUGAGAACGAAAGCUGAAAGCGGGAUACACUUGUUGGAUGCUGCUCGAGCCUUGCGAGUAGAGAAAGACAAGGAACGCGAUUUUGCGUUGCAAGAGGAGCAAGAAAAAGAAAUAAUAUCCAGAUUACAAACUAACUUACAAAGAUUGGAAAGAGAAUUACAAAUUCUGAAGAAAGAUGAGAAUGAAAUUACUGUUCAGUCAUUAUUACAACAUUUAUCUGAAGUGAUUACUGUUCAAACUAUAGUCACAGAUGAAAAGCUACCUGCGGAAAUACACACAAGAAAAGAUCACAUAAAAGCUUUGAACGCAGUGAAACAGUAUUCGUAUUUGGGUCCGGAUCAAAUAACGGCUUUACGAAAUAAAUUAGAUAGUAUAGGCAAAGAGAUUCAGAAUUUGGUAGAAUUUAAGAUCUCGAAAAGCAAUAUUGAUAAGAUUGAACCAUUUCGACAACAAGCAGCCGCAGUUGCAAAUAUAAAAAGAAACAUCCUUGAAAAAUUAGAGAGGACGAUGAGUUCUUUACAAGAGCUGCAAGUAAAAUUGGAAGAGAAGCAUGAGCUGUCAAAAAUGGUGGUAGAAGAUGUUAUACCUAAAGGGGAGGAGUUAAAAAAGUAUAUAAAUCGCUUAAAAACUAGAGGAACGCUUUAUAAACAUUGUAAGUCCGAAUUGACAUGGCUUAAUGCAGAAAACAGUGUUUUGCAUCGAACAGCCACCAUUUUAGAAAAUCAGUAUAAUCAAUGCAAUCAGGCGAGAGAGAGACUGGAAACUGUAAAAAAAAAUAUUCCAGUCGAUUUCACGGAGGAAAAUGCAUCCUCAAUGAAUCUUCAGUUAGGUCGGGACGUAUCUGCUUUUAAAGCGAAAUUGGUCCCAUUAAUAAAUGAGGUGCAGAGUUUGAGACAAAAGUGUCGAGAAUUCGAACAACAGCAGGAAAAAGCGAAGAAAGCUCACAAUGAAAUAGAAUCAAGUAUGAGUAGCUUGAUUAAUAAUUUACAAUCUGAAAUGCAGAGUAGAAAAAACAAAAUAGCGAAGGAUAUUGAAGAGAAGGACAAACUGCAGAAUCUAAUAACUAAAAUGAAGGCUAUGGAAGAAAGAAUAAAACGAGACAUAGAGGACCCAACAGUUUCUGAUCCUGGUAAAAAGAUAAAAGAGGAACUAAACUCUGCCAUCCAGGCGAAAGAAACAAAGUUAAAAAAUUUAAUGAUGGAAAAAGAACGUUUAAAAGAAGCCACCGUGGUAAACGAAAAACAAACGCAGAUGUGGAAUGAUAUAUUAUCAGUGUUUAAAUGUAAAAUAAAAUGUGCCGAGGAAAGUAAACAAUCGAAUGGAAUCGUCGUACGACGAGGAGGAGCGGAAACGUUGGUUUUACAGUAAUAUAUAUUCAAGAAAAGAUAUUCAGUGAAAUUGUCGUCAUUAGAGAUAUGUAUAUCGAAUUAACAAAACUUUAAUCACAUAAAAAAUACAAUUUAAAUUUACAGAUUUUCGUGAUCGAUUCGGUAAUUUAAAAAUUAGAUUGAAACAGUUACAUAUAUUCAAAGUAGAAUACUAUAUAACUUUCAUUCAGUAACAUUUUUUAACGUUAAAUUUAUAAAGAUAACAAUUGAUUAAUUUGAAGAAAGUAUACGCUAAAGUAUUUAAUAUCACACUUCUACGAAUGUCUUGUUUCUGAAAUAUGUGUUCUAAAUGUAUUUCACGAAACAAUAUUAUGCUAUGCUUGUACAUGUCUUGUAUUAAAAUACAACAUUAAAUAUAUCUUUUUACAAUA